AUGAGUGAUUAUGAGCGCAUAAAAGCGAACUGCUUACAGCGUCGGGAACUAUGGGAGGAUCCUGAUUUUCCUGCCAUACAGAACUCUGUCUUCUACUACCAAGUUCCACCAUUCACGUUUGAGUGGAGAAGGGCAAAGGAGCUUUAUGGCAACCCGACGUUCAUACUCGACAAUUGCAACACUUUCGACGUAGUCUCCGGGAGACUGGGCGACAAAUGGCUUCUCUCGUGCGUGGGGGUGUUAUACCUUUGUAAGGGGUUGUUCUAUAGAGUUGUGCCAUCAGAACAGAAGAUAGACUCAAGUUACGCCGGAAUAUUCAGAUUUCGACUUUGGUGGUGCGGCCAAUGGGUGGAGGUGUUGGUUGACGACAGACUACCCACAGUUCAUGGCCAGCUUGCAUUUAUGCAUUCAAGUCACACAGAGCAACUUUGGCCAGCCCUACUAGAGAAAGCUUAUGCCAAAAUGCACGGAUCUUACGAGGCUCUUAAAUAUGGUAACCUACUGGACGGGCUUGCUGACCUUACCGGUGGGAUCACAGAGUCCAUGAUUCUGUCGGAAUUUGGAGAAGCGCAUGCACUCAGUAGCUUAAUGAAAGCGAGCAGCAUUGUUACAGCUUGUCGACUACUACAGUCUAUUACACAUAACUUGACAACAAUUGAAUCGGGGAUGAAUUAUAGAGUGUAUGCCAUAGAAAAGGUGGAUUCCAAAGAAGGUCCGCUACAUCUGGUGAGAUUAGGAAAACCGCCAGCAUCCGGAGAUUCGCAGCUAUCUCAUCUUGUUUUGGACCAAGCGAAAUGGGCGUUAAUACCUGAACACGAAAGGGAUCGCUUGGCCUCGUACAAUAAAGGCUUUUGGAUGCUAUUCUCCGACUUCAAAGAUACUUUUACGAGGUUAGAGAUGGUGCACUUAGAUGCAGAAUCGAGUAAGGCAGAGACGUCAUUGUCGGACAAACUCAAAUGGCAAGAGGCGAACUUUUCACUAAGGAUAUAUUCAAUGAAACCGCUCAAGAUGACAGUACUGGAUUGCGCGCCACAGAUGCUAAAAGCCGCCUUAAUAAAAGCACCGGCUAGCGUCGAGUUGAGCAGCUUCGCGCAGUACGAGUCGCAAUUCCUUCAGCUUGCAGACGAACAUAAAACCAUUAACGCUUUUGAAUUACAAGAGCUUCUAGAGAGAUGUUUACCAAACGAUUACAUAAAGAGUUGUGCCACCAUCGAAACUUGCAGACAGAUUGUGCUGUCGAUGGAAAAGGACGGCACAGGUCGGAUAACACUAUCGGACUUCAAAGAUCUGAUUUGCAGUUUAAAACACUGGCAAAUAGUGUUCCGCGAACACGCUCCGGAGAAGAUGGGCGUCUUGCGAGCUGAAAGACUUCGAGACGCCUUAAGAGAAGUGGGGUUCGUAGUUCCCGAGAGAGCAUUGGCGCUACUGGUGCUGAAGUAUAUGAGGAAGGAUGGCAUGCUGAGAUUUGGAGAUUUCGUAUCAGCAGUCGUGCUAUUACAUAGAGCGUUCAAUAUUUUCUUCAAAAACUUUUCCACGAGUUCAUCCAAAAUAAAUUUAACAUUCUCCGAGGUAGUGGUUGAAGACGGUCUUGACGUGUUGACGUUGAAAAAUCCAAGCACGGAA